GACUUACAAAGACACAAAAUGACUAAAGAAAGACACAAAAAAGACACAAAAUGACUUACAAAGACACAAAAUGACUUACAAAGACACAAAAUGAUUUAAAAAAAUUACACAAUAUAACCAAAAUAGUUUUGUCUUGUUCCUCUGUGUGUCAGAUGGAGUUUGCCUGCAGUCAUGUUGUGUGUAACUGGAGGCCGGGUGUUUGUGUUGACGACGUGACGGUGAAACAGCAGCCAGAUCCAGCUCCUCCUCCUUCUCCUCCUCCUCCUCCUCUUCCUCCUCGCCGCCUCAAGAAACCUCGUCCCACCUCCCUGCACCUCCCCCCUCCUCCCCCCUCCCGGCCUCCUCCUGCUCCUGCUCCUCGCUCCCUCCCCCCUCCUGUCCCGCCCCGCUUCGACAAGGAAGCAGAAAUCAGGCUGGAAGCCAACGUCAACGUCAUCUCACUCGGUGUCGGAAAACUGGUCAACAUCAGCCAGGCCUCGGGCCAGGAGAGUUUCCAGAGCCCGGUGCUUUGUGGGAAAUGUAGUGCUGCCUUGUCCUGCCUGAGUUCUAUACGGAGCAACGUGUGGCGCUGUGAGUUCUGCGGCUGUGAGAACAGUGUGACUGACAGCGUGUCCAGAGUGUGUGUGGGUCAGCGUGUCGGCGUCCACAGCGACGACAUCUACCUGCCCAGUCAGAGCGAGGACGACUACCAGAACCUGGAGGACACCAUGGUGGUCUUCUGCGUGGACAUCUCCGGCAGCAUGAUCGUCACCACAGAGGUUGCAUCAAGCGGUGGAACUCCAGCCUACAUUUCCAGACUGGAGGGAAUGCAGGACGCCCUGCAGAGGGCGCUAUCAGCGCUGCUGCAGCAGUCGCCUCGACGGAGAGUCGCACUGGUCACCUUCAACGAUGAGGUAGUGAUCUACGGCGACGGGACCAGGACUCCUCUGACUCUCAGGGACUGGGCGCUGGUCGACUACGACCAUAUAUGGCAGCAGGCGGUGACCUACAGCGUCCCGCACUGUAUCGCUGAGACGCACCAGCAGCUGAUCCACAGGGUCCAAGAUCUCAGGGAACACGGAGCAACGAGUCUCGGUCCCGCUGCGUUAGCUUCGGUCGCCAUGGCAUCAAGGUACCCCGGGUCAAAGGUGAUUCUGUGUACUGACGGCAGAGCCAACAUCGGCCUGGGGGAGAUGGAGCAGACCUCCUCUCCUCUCACUCCUUAUUUCUACAGACAGCUGGCUCUGCAGGCGCUGGGCAGUGGAGUCAUAAUAUCAGUGAUGACUUUUGAAGGGACUGAUUGUUGUCUGGCUGAUGUAGGAAGACUAGCAGACACUACUGGAGGACGGGUGAACAUUGUGAGUAUCGGCACCGUGGCAACAGAGAUCCAGUCGGCCUCCAUGGACAACAUCCUGGCAACGGGAGUCACGGCAACCCUGCUGGCUCCUGAUGGAGUGUAUUUUCCCUUCGAGGAUGAAAACAAUCACAUGCUGGUGAGAGAGAUCGGGAAUGUGACCAAAGGGCUCGAGAUGACUUUCCAGUUUGCUGUAAAACCAGAAUUUAUGGACGUUUUCCACCAGAGAGACACACUUCCAUUCCAACUUCAACUGAACUUUAAAACCAGAGAUCAGGAGAAAGUGACGCGUGUUGUGACGGAGCAGCGUCCGGUGACCGUCUGCAGCCGUGUGUGUGCUGGGAGCCUGAACAUGGCGGUGCUGGGCGUCCACUGUGCUCAGCUGUGUGCCAGUUUAACCAUGGAGGGACGAGUCCACGAGGCCCAGAGUCUACUGAGAGCUCAGCAGGACCUGCACACACAGAUCAGUAAGCGUAGGCCUUUCCUAAAGGAAGAGAGUAUCUACGGCAACUGGAUGGACACCAUGACAACCAUCUGUGAUGACAUCACCACUGAGUCCUGGGCUCUCUCUGAUGAAGCAGCUAAAGUCAUGUACCAGAUGAAGAGAGCCAGCAGCGUCAACGGCAACGGCAAUGGCAACGGCAAUGGCAACGCAACUAAAACCCAGAAGACGAGGAGGAAGAAAAAGGCCCUGGUGGAAGGAAUGUGAAGAUAUUGAGCCAUGUUGGCUCAAAUCACAUGAGAUGUUGAGCUGAUAUCUACCAGCAGUGGACUCUGUGCUGAGUUGAUGUUGUUGAUCAGUGGAGUCUGAUGGAGGCAGAAGGCUCUCCAACGUUGUCAUAGUGCACCGUACCUUCAUCUUCAUCUUCAUCAUUACGCUGCUGGGAGAAACAACAACAACACACUUCAGAUUCUGCAUGAAAAACAAAUAUUACACUGAAAAAAAGUCACAAUUUGUUGUUUAAACUCACAUUGUUGUCUCCCAUCUGUGCUCUGUUCCCUGAAAAGACAAAAUAAAA